AUGGGCCUUCUCCUGGCACUAGCGGCCUUUGUGCUAAUAUGGUACAUUGUGAUAUUGAUCGUGGCCAUUGCUGGCUUUACGUGUAUUGCCAUUGUGUUUAGACGGCCCCUGCCGCCGUCCCAUAACCUCCAGAUCCUCGAGCCAGUGACGAUCAUCAGACCCAUCAAGGGCAUUGAUCCCGAGCUUGCGCUGUGCUUGGAGUCUUCCUUCUUACAGAACUACCCUCAGGAGAAACUCCAGAUCUUGUUUUGCUUAUACGAGUCUUCUGACCCAGCCAUGCCCAUUUUGCAACUGCUCAUAGCGAAGUACCCUCAUAUAGACGCGAGUAUACUUGUCUCAGAACCAGGGGAGGACUACUACGGGCCCAAUCCUAAGGUGAACAACUUGGCAAAGGGGUUUAGACAGGCCAAGUACGAUAUAGUGUGGAUUUUGGACUCGAAUGUGUGGGCACUGCCCAAUAUCGUGGCCAACUCGGUCGCUGCUAUGAUGAACAACACCAACUGCGGCACCAGCAUCAACCAUAGAGGCCGUGCUGUUCGUCUUGUUCAUCAUGUGCCGUUGGCGGCUUCUCUAGACAUAUCUGGAACGGGCUCUUCGCUAGACGAGAUGUUCUUGUUCACGUCUCAUUCGAAGUUCUACGUCAGUCUCAAUAACCUUUCGAUCGCUCCGUGUGUGAAUGGCAAGUCUAACAUGUACAGACGGUCAGAUUUGGACCGUGCGGUGGCUCUGAUAUCUACUAAACGGUCUGAAUUCUUUCAUGAAGAGUCCGUGGUGACUGACGCUGCACGCGUAGCGUCCAGAGGCCCAGGGCACUCAAUCAGUUUCUUUGCAAAGUACAUUGGCGAGGAUAAUAUGAUUGGAAUAGCCUUGUGGGAAUACUGCUUUGGGCGUACGGCUCUUACUGGCGAUGUGGUUUUGCAACCACUCAUCUCUCUGACUGAUUCUAUCCAAGAAUACUUCAGCCGAAGAGUCCGCUGGCUACGCGUUCGUAAGUACAUGGUGCUCGCUGCCACGCUCGUUGAACCUACUACGGAGCUGAUAGUGUGUGGAGUCAUGGGUACGUUUGGCCUUUCUGUGCUCUACUGGGACCGCCUCUUCAGCUGGAAGUUCUUUGCGUUCCACAUGCUCUGCUGGCUCAUUUGUGACUACACUCAAUACAACAUCUGGAUGCGGCAUCUAGACCUGGUGGUUAGGCCCCCUUAUUGGUUUGCCAACAUGGAUAGUAAACGGAGGUCCGUGUGGCAAUGGUGCCGCUUUUGGGUAAUGAGAGAAAUAUUUGCUCUCCCAAUUUGGAUCACCGCUAUGGUUGGACACGAGGUAAACUGGCGUGGGCGCCCCUUUAGAAUCAAGCAAGACCUCUCUGCAGAGGAGCUUUAG